AUGAGUGAGAUUAUGAACAUCUCGGCGAUUAUACGGCAGAAGAAUCCCGAGAUGCUUCAAAUUCUCCGUUGCGACGAUCUAAUAUCUGCCUACCGUAUGAAAACGAAGGAUGUGAUGAGUUUUCUUGUUAAUGAGCAAUCAUUGUUAUCAAUUAUUCGUGUAUUUCAAGAAACAAUCGAUCCAAAUAUUCUAUGCAAUAUAUCUGGAUUGUUCACAUCAACAAAUACGUCGCUACUUAAAUUCCUCACUCUCGAUAAAAUUUAUACUGAAAAAAUACUUGACUUCCUAGCGAACGAAGUAAAUCCGUAUAAUCCUCGUUUGGUAACCUCUACUGUAAUUUUAUCGUCAGCAUUUAACUAUUGGCCUCAAGAAAUGACAACUAUAUUUGAAUCGUCCGAUGUAAUUCUUCCUAGGUUAGUCUCACAUAUUGAAAAACUCCCAGUAUUCGCUUUUAUUUCGACAAACCUACUUAAAUCUCCAGAACAAGAAGCCUUUCCAUGGUUUAUUUAUCUUUGCAUCAUGGAUGAGCAUGGACCCGGCGCCAUUCGUCCAUUUCAUAUACGCUGGCAGCGUAAUGAUUAUACCCGCAUCAACGCAGCACAGCGUUGCAAAGCAAUUGAGCUUUUAAUUCAGUUUUUUAAGACAUGUCCAAAUCAAUAUGAUUUCAUGAAAAUAUUAACUCAAUCAAUACCUCUAUUUCUUACAGAUGCGUCCGAUGAAACUGAGAAAAAGCUUGUUUUCCUUCUUGGAAAUCUUUUAGAUAAAAACGAUGCCAUUGCUAAAUCCGCAAUUAGCGUAAUCAACAGCUCGAUGCAAGCUACUCCUCUUCUACAGAGCGCAAUGCAAUAUAUUUCGGCAAAAGGGAUAAAAAUGAAAUCCGAUGAUUUACAAAUUAUGCUUUACAGAUAUCUACACCAAACAAAUCACAACAACAUGUUAUCCAACUACCUUGUCAACAUCAUAAAAAAUUCAAUUACAGACGAACCAGAACUUGUCGAAUCAUUAAAUCAAAUUAUGUCAUGCGCUUACAAAAAUUUCUCGUCAUGCAGUACUCUACUAAUGCGUGGCUUUAAGUACGCUGUAUUUGAUACACUCGACGGCUUACAAUACGAUCCGUUAUCGGAAGAUUUCUCGGAUCGCAUUAUGAAAAAGAGAGAUGAGAUUGCGAAUUAUGUUUACGAUAAAUCCUUCAUGCAAUCAAUCAAGAAAAAAUCGCAAAGACUUGUUGAACCAGUAUUUGACGCGAAAGUUCUAUGGGGAAGCGAUUGCCAAUGCUUUUCAUGCAGUUUUUCAACUGUAGCGAGGCUUGACCAUCUCACAACCCAUAUUAAAAGUCCCAAAGGCAACAGAUCUAAAUCUCCGAAUAUUAAAUUCAAAGGAGAAGACAUUGGGAGCCCAAGAAGCUCUUCCAGAGAUGAUAUGGAGAUCCCCAAGAAGCUGGAGAACGAUUUGAGAAAGCAGAGAGGCAUAAAAGUCACAAAAAAAAAGAGAACAAACUCCGAUGAUGCAGAAAAGAGCCAGCCGAACAGCGAACCACCGGUCAGAACGUCAAUUACUCGUCUUAUUGGAGACAAUGUACUCAUGGCCAUCAAAGCCCAGGCUCAAGAAGAAAAACAUGAACCUCCAAAAGUCCAAAUCUCGUCAAGUAGCUCGGAUGAUGACUUAGUUUUCACACUGGAUGAUAAUAAUAUAUUCGAUUUCCAAUUAGAACAACCGCCAAGAAAAUCUGAUCGUAAGGAAAAGGAAGUUUCUAUUCGUAAAGAAAGUUCUCAAAAAGAAAGAAUAAAAGUGACAGAAAGGAAGGAAGAAAAAGUGACAGAAAAGAAAGAAGAGAAAGAAAAGGAGAGAGAAAAAUCUGUUGAAAAUGAAUCUUCGAAAGAGAAAGGAAAAGAAACCGAAAUCGAAGAAAAUGAAAAGUCCAAAUCGGAAAAUAACGAAAAUGAAAAUGAUGCCAAUGAUGAAAUUACCAUUCAGAAGAAUACCUCUCCGAAUUCUGUUAAAGGUCCCCCUGCUCCCCCUAUUGGACAAAAUAUUCCUCAUCGUCCGAACGUUGGAUCGCCGCAUUCUAAGAAGAGACCGUUAGAAAUUGAUACUAUGCUUGAUAGAGACCCGUCACCCCCUCCAAAUCUUCCUAUUUCGAAGCCAACUCUUUCAUUAUGUACAUUGUCCACUUUUGAGUACUUUUUGAAUGAUGUUGAUACUAAAAUGGUCCAAACAGAGGUUGAAACAGAUGAUAGAGGUGUCAAUCCUGUUCAGCGUUACCUUAAACUUUCAAUUGAAGUAUUUGACCCACUUGGAACAACGAAAGAUUCCAUGCCAAGUCUUCAGCAGAGGAGAUCUGAAACAGAGCAGCUGCCAAAAACUCAACAGAGCCAAAAAACAAUUAUCAUAUCUCAUAAGAUGAACGCGUCAAUGAAGAAACAGAAGGGAAUUAUUCAGGUUCCUAACUCUAAUAACAAUGUAUCUCAAAGCCAAGCCAAUCCUCAAAUUGUUACUCAAAUUAUGCCGCAAAUGCAGCAACAAAUGAAUCAAAUGCAGCCAAUGACGCCACCAAUGUCAAUGAUGUCCCAAAUGAUGAUGCCAGCAGAAGAUAUUUCCGAAAUGUAUCCAAGAUCUCCUCCAGCAAGGAAUCCUUACUUUAUGAUGUACGAAGAUCCAUCAGUAAACCAAAUUCCUCCGAAAUUGCAGAUGAAAGUUAAAUAUGAUGAGAAAGGAAUUGUACCUCCGAAAUUACCUAUGAAUAGAAAAGGAGUUUGGGAUGACAGUAAAAUCGAAAGACCUCCUCGAUCAAGCGCACAGCCUCCUCCGCCCAUUGUGCCUGUUAAAAGCCAGCAACACACUGAAUUUCCAAUUUAA